AUGUCAGAUCCUCAGGAAAAGCAGACACUUGGUCUGCAACAGCCGCAACUAUCAAUACCAUACCCUGAAGAGGAUCCUCCACUCCAUUACCCCAAUUCCCGACAUAGUUCAAUCGUCGAGGAAGAGGAGUUCACAUAUCCAGAUGGAGGCACCACAGCCUGGUUGCAAGUCCUAGCCUCGCACUUGAUCAACCAAAUCGCCUGGGGUUACCCCUCCUCGUACGGCGUCUACCAACUCUACUACACUACCACCCUCAACCUCCCCUCAUCGCAGGCAUCAUGGAUAGGCUCGAUCCAGAUCUUCCUCACCUUCGGCAUCUGCGCUCUAUCGGGCCGUCUAGCCGACGCAGGCUACACCCGUCACGCCGUCAUCGUCGGCCUAUUCAUGGCUGUGAUGGGCACAUUUUUGACCAGUUUCUGCCACGCGUACUGGCAAAUUUUCCUCGCACAAGGUCUAUGCACCGGGCUCGGGAUGGGCAUCAUGUUCAUGCCGGGCAUCACCAUCGUCGGCUCGUACUUUAAGAGGCGGAAAACUCUGGCGCUCUCCAUCGUCACCACUGGGACAGGCCUCGGUUCUGUGACGUUUCCUAUUUUGCUCAACUAUACGAUGCCUCAUGUAGGCUUUGCGUGGGCUGUGAGGUGCCAGGCGUUGAUGAUGUUGAUUCUUGGUGUUAUUGCGAUUGCGCUGAUGAGACCGCGGCUGGCGCCUAGGAAGAAGGGUCCUUUGAUUGAGUGGGCUGCGUUUAGAGAAAGAUCCUAUACGUGUUUCGCCAUCGGAAGCUUCUUCGCGUUCCUAUCGCUUUACUUCAGUCUCUUCUAUCCGGGCACUAUCUAG